AUGCGACCCUCAAAAGCAGCAUAUUCGCAAGAGCCAAUUGCAGUUAUUGGCUUGGCCUGCCGUCUCCCUGGCAACUGCAACUCUCCAGAUGCUCUCUGGAACUUUCUCGAGCGAGGAGGAGUCGCCCACAAUGAGGCACCAGAGUCACGUUUCAACUUGAAAACGCACCAUGACGGCUCCAGGAAACCAAAAACGAUGAGAUCCCCCGGCGGUAUGUUCCUCGAGGACAUAGACCCACAAGAUUUCGACGCUCAGUUCUUUGGUAUUCCACGAGUGGAUGCGAUUGCCAUGGACCCUCAGCAACGGCAGCUCUUGGAAGUGGUUUAUGAGUGCCUCGAGAAUGCGGGUAUCAGUCUCGAGGCUCUCGCCGGGAAGCCGGUUGGUUGCUUUGUGGGGUCCUACGCUGUUGAUUACGCCGAUAUGCACGGCAGGGACCCAGAAGAUCGGCCUCCUUCUGUCACAGUUGGUGUAGGUCGGGCCAUCCUGAGCAACAGAAUUAGCCAUUUUCUGGAUAUCAGAGGACCAAGUUUCACCAUCGACACCGCGUGCUCUGGCAGCUUGGUCGCGGUCGACGUGGCGUGCCGGUACCUCAGCACCGGGGAGAUCAGCGAAGCCAUCGUCGCCGCGAGUAAUCUGUACCUCAGCCCCGAGCACAACAUGGACGAGGGCGCGAUGAAGGGCGCGGCAUCGCCGUCGGGAAAAUGCCACACGUUCGAUGUCAAGGCUGAUGGUUAUAUCAAGGCCGAAGGCGUGAACGCGGUCGUCUUGAAGCGGCUGGACGACGCCAUCCGCGACGGCGAUCCGAUCCGAGCCGUGAUUCGCGGCACAGCCACCAACAGCGACGGCCGCACACCUGGCAUUGCGAGCCCCAGCGCCGCGGCCCAGGCCACCGCCAUCCGCGCCGCUUAUGCAAAUGCAGGUAUUCACGAUCUCGCCGCCACCAGCUAUGUCGAGUGCCACGGCACCGGGACCCCCGCAGGGGAUCCGAUGGAGGUCGCGGGACUCUCGUCGGUGUUUCGAGAGUCGCGCCCCGCCGACCGCCCCAUGCUUAUUGGAUCUAUCAAGAGCAAUGUUGGACACUCGGAGCCCGCCGCGGGUAUCUCAGGUCUGCUCAAGGCCAUCCUCUCCAUCGAAAAGGGCUUCAUCCCCGGCAAUCCCACAUUUGUAACGCCGAAUCCCAAGAUUGAUUUCGAAAAGCUCAAAGUCCGUGUGUCGAGAACCACGAUACCAUGGCCUGCUGUACCGUUCAGACGGGCGGGUGUCAACUCCUUCGGGUACGGGGGCUCGAACGCCCAUGUAAUCCUGGACGACGCGAAAACCUUCCCCCAACAAUCUCCACGACCUCACGUUUCGUCCUUCACGUCAGACUACGAUGAGCUUUUUGCAGAUGAUGAAGAGACCCAACCAUCUACACUCGUCUUCUCAGCAAAUGACGAGCAGUCCCUCCGAGCACAUUGCAAGGCCGUGUGCAAACAUUUGAUUAACCCAAGCGUGGUUCUCAAAUUGCCCGACUUGGCUUAUACUCUCUCUGAGAGAAGAAGCCGUCUGUUCCACAGGGCUUAUGUAGUCACUGAUAAGAUCAGUCUUGAUGAGGGUGCCUUCAUAUUCGGGAAGAAGAGUACUGAUCCUCCAAAUAUUGGGUUUGUAUUUACCGGCCAGGGUGCCCAGUGGCCGCAGAUGGGCAAGGGGGUUAUUGAGACCUUCCCUGUCGCUAAGUCGUUGAUCAAGCGUCUUGAUCAGGUGCUUCAAUCACUACCAAACGCACCUUCUUGGACUCUUCUCAAUGAGCUAGUGAAACCAAGCUCACCGGAUCGACUCCGCAUGCCUGAGUUCUCCCAGCCGCUGGCAACUGCCCUCCAACUUGCUAUUCUUGUCAUCCUUGAAAGCUGGGGCGUCUCUCCUAUGGCAGUUGUUGGUCAUUCCUCCGGCGAGAUUGCAGCAGCGUGCGCGGCUGGCUUAUUGACGGCAGAAGAAGCAAUCAAGAUUGCCUUUUUCAGAGGGCAAGCCUGCGUUUCUGAUCAAGCCAGACCUGCCCUUGGUAUGCUUGCGGUUGGGCUUGGCCCGGAUCAAGUACAAGCAUACAUCGGUGACAUGAAAACCUCGGUUCAAGUCGGUUGUUUCAACAGUCCAAGUAGUGUCACGCUCUCAGGUGAUCGCCAAGCACUGGAGAAAAUGAAGAGCCAACUACAAAGAGAUGGCCAUUUCGCCCGGAUGUUGCAAGUCGAUUUUGCCUACCAUUCCAUGUUCAUGGCUGACAGCGCUACUUCAUAUGAAGAUAUGAUUCUCCAGAACUGUGGGCCACCUUUACAAGGAAAGGAACACGUGUCGAUGUUCUCCUCAGUCACUAGCAAGCGGUUGGGCCAGGUCUGCGACGCCACUUAUUGGACCACCAACAUGACCUCUCCAGUCCGGUUUGAUGAAGCGGUCAGGGAGAUGGUUUCUGGCCGAGAUGGGGCAAAUUUCCUCAUCGAGAUAGGUCCAAGUGGUGCCCUAGCAGGUCCUAUCAAACAGAUACAGAAGGCCUUGGGAGACCACGGCUCCAGCAUCCAGUAUUGUGCUGCUUUAAGCAGAGGUAGAGAUGCCAUCAAGUCAUUAUUUGAUGUCGCAGGGCGACUGUUCAUCUCCGGUGGUUCCGUCAAUCUCUCAAAAGUCAACGAAGCCCAAGGACCUGACAAACCAACUCCGUCAGUCAUUGUUGACCUUCCCAACUACAUGUGGAAUCACUCGACGAAAUACUGGUAUGAGAGCGAGGCCAGCAAAGACUGGCGCUUCCGAAAAUUCCCGCAUCACGACCUGCUUGGGAGCAAGAUACUUGGUACCUCAUGGAAUGCGCCGUCGUGGAAGAAGACCCUACGAGUAGAGAAUCUGCACUGGUUGAAGGACCAUCGGAUGGGACAGGAUAUUGUCUUUCCCGCCGCUGCAUUUGUAGCAAUGGGAGUAGAAGCUCUUUACCAGGCUCGUCAAGCUAUCGAUUUCAUGGAACCGAGUACGUUGAUCGAAAAGUAUCGCUACAGGCUUCGCAAUGUUACAUUCCCGAAGGCAUUGGUACUCCAAGAGAAAGGAGUGGGCCACAAAAUCAUGGUGACUCUGGCGUCACGCCAAGACUCGUGGCAUGAAUUUAAGAUCUCCUCGUUGACAACAGAAGACACUUGGGUCGAGCAUAGUUGUGGGUUUGUUUGCCUCGAAGAAGACCCCGGGCAAGUUGCUCCCAAGUCAGCUCUAGCGCCGCUCUCGCAUCCUGUGCCUGGCCGUUUGUGGUAUAAAGCCAUGCAUGAUGCUGGUUACAGCUUCGGGCCAGUCUUCCAGAAGCACCUCAAGGUUGAAUCACUCUCCAACACACGAAAAAGUCGCUCCGUUGUAUCUCUUUCGGAACCUGCAGAGGACUACCAACAAUCGUUUUAUCCAAUGCAUCCAGUAUGUAUUGACGGAUGCCUGCAGACCGUCGGUCCAUCUCUAUGGAAAGGGAAUCGAAGCAGUGUUGAUGCAGUUCUGAUUCCAGCGAUCAUCGACAGUAUCGUUAUCAAGCCCACAGCAGUGCAACCUGAAUUUGGUCUCUCUGUGACUUCUUCUGAAUAUGUUGGAGUAGGACGACGAGAAAAGACCAAGAAUUACAUGUCUAACGCCUCAGUCUAUGAUCCAGAUACUGGUGCCUUGUUAUUCCAGGUUUCAGGACUUCGUUACCACCAACUUGAUGUUCUUGAGCAUCAGCACGCCAAUCACAGCUACAGUCAGGUGUGUUGGAAGCCUGAUAUUACACACCUCACCAACCACAAGCUUUUGGAGCUUCCGAUCGAAACGCCCUACGGCAGUCCGAACCACGGAGAAACUUGGCUAACACGAGUCAGUCAGCUGAUUGACUUUAUUGCACAUAAGAGAGCAAACCUGAAAGUCCUGGAGGUCAAUAUGACUCCUGGAGACCUGACAAGCGUAUGGUUGGAUGAAGGGAACUUCGAUAAGGACUCUAGAGCAGCAUUACUUGAGUAUAACCUCGCAACACGAGACGCAAAAACUCUCAUGAGUGCACAAGAAAAGUACGCGGCACAAGGAGACACGAAGUUUAGCCUCCUCGAUCUUACGAGACCGCCAAAUGACCUUCCUUUGGGCACCGCUGGCUUCGACCUUGUUAUUGUCAAAGUUGUACGUGUGCCGAAGCACCCUUUACCCCUCCCGAAAGAAAAGGUUCAUCAAAUUAAUCAAUAUGGAAAAUAUCCCGGCGAAAGUGACGACGUCAUGGAGGACAUUAUCAUGGGCGGUUCUCAGACUUCAGCAUCAUCAGAACCUGUCACGUCAAGUGGCCAAACAGAACAUUCAACAACCGAUGAUGACGACAGCAGCUACGAUUCAGACGUACAACCGGGACAGAAGAGAAAGCUUACCAGUACCAGACUUCGGAUCCUCAGGAAGGCGAGGAAAGAGCGCGAAGCAGCCUUUGCAUAUGUGGCUCAGAAUGACCUCAAGGAUAGUCUCCCCGCGGAUACCAUGCUGGAAUCAAACGGAUUCGCGAGCAAAAUCAAAAUCCAAUGCGAGAAAGUAUCCAUACAUCUGGCUGAAGUCGUGUCUAAGAAUGCGAGCGGCUUGGACUCUGUCCAUCGAGUCGACCUGGUGCAUUUAAGAAAUGCAACCGAAAUCAGCUCAAAAUCAAAAGAAGCACUUGUUCAGCUCGGAUGGCAGAUAGAAGAGCACUUCUUCCCCUUCCUAAACCUUCGUUCUAAGAGCACUAUCCUUGUACUGGACGAACUCUCAUCUCCCAUACUCACCACUGUCGUCAGUGACGAGUGGAAAGCAAUCCAGGAAUUGACAUCCAAGGGGAACAAACUCCUUUGGGUGACAACAGGUUCUCAAUUCGAAGUCACCAAGCCUGACAACUCACUCAUUCAUGGACUUACGCGGACAAUUCGUGCAGAGGACCCACUCCUCAGCUUAGUGACUUUAGACACGCAAUCUAGUUCCGGCGCCGAGACCGUCGCAGCAAUCGAUCAAACACUGAAGUAUCUCGAAAAGCCAACACACAAGAUGCCGAUGGAGAAUGAGUUUGUUGAGAGAGGUGGAGUCUUGUAUAUUAGCAGAAUACGGCCAGACGAGAGAACCAAUCAAUCCGAGAAGGACGAGAGAAAUGGCGCAGAGCUUCAAAGCAAGAACUUGCACGAAUCGGAAACAUGUAUCCGGCUUCGAUGCGAGCGACUGGGCACUCUAGACUCGCUCCGCUAUGCAGAGGUAUCAGACAGGGAGCUUCCACUAGAAGAUCAUCUGGUUGAGGUCGAGAUCUUCGCCGCAGGAUUGAAUUUCAAGGAUCUGGCCGUUACCAUGGGCAUCGUUCCCGAGAACGAGCACCUCCCAGGACUCGAGGGCGCAGGCGUCAUCCGACGGGUUGGCAGCUUGGUCUCGUCUCUCAAAGUUGGGCAGCGAGUCCUCGUAUAUGAGAAAGGUACCUUCGCAAAUAGAAUUCAGGUUACUCCCGAGCGAGUCUACCCCUUGCCUGCGUCAAUGUCAUUUGAGGAUGCGGCUACCAUGCCAAGUGUUUAUCUCGUCACAAUAUAUGGUCUCCUCCGCCUGGCGAAUAUUCAAAAAAACCAGAGCGUUUUGAUUCAUUCCGCCUCUGGGGGGGUGGGAAUCGCCGCUAUCCAAUUGUGCCAAUACAUUGGAGCAAAAAUAUACGCAACGGUAGGCACGGACAAAAAACGAGACUUCCUAAGCUCGACCUUCGGGAUCCCACCAGAACACAUCUUCUCCUCUCGAUCCACAGUGUUCGCUUCCCAGAUCAUGGAAAUAACAGACGGUAAAGGUGUCGACGUCAUCUUGAACUCUCUCACAGGAAACAUUCUCGACGAAUCAUGGCGUUGUAUUUCUGAUGGCGGGGCGAUGAUAGAGAUUGGAAAGAAAGAUGUUCUUGCACGGAAUAGCCUUUCCAUGGAGCCGUUCAAUCGCAAUGCUACGUACCGAGGUGUUGACAUGUCACACAAGUCGAUAUCAGACCCAUUGAUUGCUUCAUUGUUAUCUGAACUUAUGGAUUUGAUCGAGAAGGGACACGUCAAACCGAUUUCGCCCAUGACGGUCUUUCCCUUUGAAGAUAUCGUGUCUGCUUUUCGCUUUCUCCGGGCCGGUACGCAUAUCGGCAAGGUCGUCAUCUCCAAUGGCACAAAUAGUCACGUCGAGCUACCAGUGCAUCCCGCAGCGAGAUCACUUCUCCUUAGACCCGAUGCCUCCUACCUCAUUGUAGGGGGCCUCAGAGGGUUAUGUGGGAGCUUGGCAGUAUAUCUGGCACGACUAGGUGCUAAACACCUAGUCAUAUUGUGCAGAAGUGGCUACAAGGACGAGAAAUCGCAAGCGGUGUUGAAAGAUAUCUCUACCGAAGGGUGUGAGGUUGAACUCUUCGAAGGCGACGUAUCGAAUGCAGAAGAUGUAAACCGAGCUUUCAGAGGAGCUAGCUUUCCUAUCAGGGGAGUGAUUCAAGGAGCGAUGGUGCUCAGGGACAAAGUCUACACGUCCAUGACAGUCCGCGAGUUCCACGAAACCAUCACCUCCAAAGUGAAAGGCACGUGGAACCUGCACUUCGCCUCCCUUGCGCAACCCACCCAACUCGACUUCUUCACCCUCCUCUCUAGCAUCUCCGGCGUCAUCGGGCAGAAAGGGCAGGCCAACUACGCAGCCGCCAACGCCUUCCUCGACAGCUUUGCCUCCUACCGUCACGCUCUCUCCCUCCCCACCUCGUCGGUCGAUCUCGGCGUCGUCGAAGACGUCGGCUACGUCGCUGAAAACGCAGCCUCGCUCCAAUCUGCAUUUGACAAGGAGAUAUGGACACCUAUCAACGAGAGCCUGCUCCAUCAAAUCUUGCGUUUCUCCAUUCUACAGCAGACAAGCCAUGGCGCUAGCACCUCCACUUCGACGUCCCAAAUGAUAACCGGCAUUGCAUUCCCACAGCCCGCUUCCUCCCCCCUGCUAAAGCGCGACCCCCGCUUCAGCACCCUCUAUCACCCUUCCUCCACCAACCCUCUAUCCGGCAACUCAGGUUCGUCCUCAAACGACAACGAAGACUCGAAAGCCAUCCGCGCCUUCCUGCUCUCGCUCGCCUCCUCCCCUUCCCAAGACCCUUCCCUGCUCGCAUCCCUCGUCGCUAUCCUCAGCACCCAAUUCUCCUCCUCCCUGCGCCUCUCCUCCCCCAUGGAAGCCGCGAAGCCGCUCUCCUCCUACGGCCUCGAUUCCCUCUCCGCCGUGGAGUUUAGGAAUUGGUGCCGCAUGGAACUCAAUGCCGAGCUGACGACGUUGGAGAUCAUGGGCGCGAGUAGUUUGUUUAGUCUUGCGGGCAGGAUUUUGAGUAAGAUUGGAGGGAAGGGGAAGGAAGGGGAGGGGGCGAAGGAGAGUUGA